AUGGCAAGCGAAUUCAAAGAGUUGCCCAUCGAGCCACAUGGAAUUAUCUGGCAAGAUAACUUCAUCGAUGCAGAACAUGAGGCAAAACUCAUCUCAAUCUUCCUCAACGAGCUAGAAUGGCCCGAUCGCAAUGGCCGUCUAUCACUCCACUACGGCUACACCUUCGACUACAAAACAUUUGACAUAGACCCUGAAAUUCCAUACAAGGAAUUUCCACCCUGGCUGCAGCCUCUCAUUCCAACAACGGAGAACCGCCCCCCAGACCAAGUCUGUCUGCAGUACUAUCCUCCAGGAGCGGGCAUACCUCCUCAUGUAGACGCACACAAGCCAUAUGAUCAGCUUUAUGCGCUGUCUCUCGGCGCACCAGCCAUGAUGGUGUUUCGACGAGGUGAUGUGCGUCUGGAGGUUGAUUUGACACCGCGGAGCAUGAUGCAGAUGAGUGGAGAUUCAAGAUUGCAUUGGACGCAUGGUAUUAGGAAGCGCAAGAAUGAUACUCUUGCGGAUGGUACGGUGAGACCCCGUGAGAAGCGAUGGAGUCUCACGUAUCGAUGGCUCAGAGAUGGGGAUUGCGAAUGUGGAAAUUUGGAUUUGUGUGAUACCGCGCAAUUGCGGAAUGGAAUUGAAAAGGAGAAGAGAUCAUUGAAAGCGCUAGCGGAGAAGGCUGCGGAUGCACCCUCUACGACAUAG